AUGGAAGAUUCUGAUGACAACAUAAUUCUUACUGAGAGCAACAAACAUCCGGUCAUUCUUAAGGAGAGCGCGAGCUUGUCGAUGGAUCAAACGACUAACGAGGGAGAGCAGAUUAAAACGGACACACUUGCUGAUAAGGAUCUGAAAGCCAUAGCUUUGGAGAAUGAGGUGAAGAAGCGAGGUCGGGGCAGGCCUCCUAAGCAAGAUCAAGCUGCCAGGAAUCAUAAUAAGGCUCUUUUGAUGCAGCAAGAAAGUAUUAAAAACCGGCUUAGGAAAUCGGUUGAAGCUGGUCACAAUCCGCGUGAUUAUAUUGUUGAUUAUAGCAAGGAUGUUUGUUUACAAACAAUGGAUAACGUGGUGAAUAAACGUUGGGAUAAGGAAGCGGAGCUGGGUUUAAUCGAACCUAAAACGAGGUUUCAUAAAGUUCGGCAGCAAUUUUGGAGAUCUAUUAAUAUGAUCCCUCGUCACCAGAAUUGUAGAGGUCCUCGUCGCUCGAAUAUCUGGUUGCUGGCUCACCCUACGGUUCAGACUAUCAUUAUUCACUCUUCCGACCAGGUGGUUAUUGCUAAUUGUUGUUGGUGUUCGAAGAAUUUCCGUGUGGCGAUCGUUCACGGUGCUAACGAUCAGAUCACUCGGCGCUCUUUGUGGAGGGAUCUUCUCUCUUUUGUUGAUGGUAACACGGUGUUCAUCGGUGAUUUCAAUGCUAUCAAGGGUGCUCAUGAGCGGUUAAGUUCGGUGAUGCCUUCGAGGAGCUCUUGUAAGGAGUUCUGCGACUUCAUUGAAGCUACUGGCUUUAUUGAAUCGCCUACCUCUGGUAUUCGGUUCACGUGGUCUGGUAGGCGGCUCCUCCCUAGGCAUGUGGAAUCCCUUCUGGAUAGAGCUCUUUUCUCUGACAACUUUGGUUGCUUAUGGUCCAACGUCAACACUCAUGCUCUUCCGAGGCUGACUUCUGAUCAUUCUCCUCUUAUCUUUCAAUGUGAUGCUGACUUGCCCCACAAUCGGCGUUCUUUUAAAUUUUUGAACAUGUGGAUUUCUCACCCUGGUUUUCUAGAUAAGGUUAACUCUUCCUGGUCGGCUACUAUGGAUGUUCGAUGUCCCAUCUUCACUGUGAUGGCUAAGCUUAAAAGGCUGAGAGGUGAUUUGAGAGUCUGGAAUAAAACUGUUUUUGGCCAUGUGGACGAGCUCCUGCAGUCGGGACAACAAAAUUUGUUAGAAAUUCAGAACAAUAUUUCUCUUUUGGGCUAUACUGAUCAGCUGUUUGAGGAUGAAGUGGCUGCUCAAGCUCAUCUCAACGUUAUUUUGGAACGAAAGAAUAGUUUGUUGCAGCAGAAAAGUCGUGCGAAUUGGUUACAGGAUGGUGAUCGAAACUCGUCUUUUUUUCACCGCAUGAUUCGCUCUAGAAGGCAUGGCACGAGGAUUGAGCAUCUUAAGAUUGGUGACUCAUUUUCUUAUGAUCGUGAUGGCAUUCAACAGCAUAUUGUGGAGUUUUUUUCCAAUUUGUUCAAAGAUGAUGGUGGGAGCAGAGUGGAGAGGAUUAUGAUUGAGGCUAUUGUUGAUCAUUUUGUUACUGAGGGGCAGAAUGACACUCUCAUUGGUAUUCCGGAUGAUGAUGAGAUUACUGCUUCGGUUUUCGGUCUUGAUGCCAAUAGCUCGCCAGGGCCUGACGGGUUUUCUGGGCGUUUCUUUCAGAAUUGCUGGUCCAUAAUUCGUGCGGAUGUUGUGGCGGCUGUUCAAGCUUUUUUUCGCUUUUCCUAUUUGCCAGCGGGUUGUAACUCUAGUACGUUAAUCCUGAUUCCUAAAAAGGAUAAUGUUGAGACUGUGGCUGAUCUACGUCCUAUAGUUCUGUCUAAUUUCUUCUUUAAGAUCAUCUCGAAGAUCUUGGCCACUAGAUUAAGUGGGGUGGCGGCUGCCGGGGUCACUCCGAACCAAUUUGGUUUCAUUGAAGGAAGAUCGAUACACGACUGUAUCAUGCUUGGUUCGGAGGGGUUUAACUGUUUGAAUCGUACGGGGAGGCGUUCAAAUAUGGCUUGCAAGAUUGAUAUUCGCAAAGCUUUUGAUACGAUGAGUUGGGAUUUUAUUUUUCAAGUCCUUCGGGUUAACGGUUUUCAUGAGAACUUUAUUCGUUGGAUUUCUGUUAUUUUCAGUUCUGCUAGGUUAUCCAUCCUCUUUAAUGGGCAGCUGAGCGGCUAUUUUGCUUGUUCCAGAGGGGUCAGGCAGGGAGACCCUCUUUCACCGAUUCUCUUUGGUCUCGCGGAAGAUGUGUUGAGUCAUCUUUUCUUGAAUUGUGUUCGGUCUCGACAUCUCAUCCCCAUGGAUUUCAGUCGAUCGGUUCACUUUCCCACUCAUCUUCUCUACGCUGAUGAUAUUUUGAUUUUCUGCAAAGCGUCUGUCAGGAAUGCGCGAAAAAUUAAAGAAAUCCUGGACCUUUACGGGGAGCUUUCUGGUCAGAUUUGUAAUCCGGAGAAAUCUCACGUUUUCUUUGGGUCGGGAGUGUCUCAUGUUAUGAAAAAUGGGGUGAUUCGGAAUUUGAGCUUUGCUGUGGGAUCCUUGCCGGUCAAUUAUCUGGGAGUUCCGAUCUUUCAUGGUCGUAUUCGGGCUUCUUAUUUUAUGGGCAUACAUGACAGAAUUGUCAACAAAUUUUCGAAUUGGAAGGGUUUGCAGCUCUCUAUGGCUGGUAGAAUCUGCUUGGUCCGCUCGGUUAUUCAGAGUUCUAUCACUCAUUCUAUGAUGGUUUAUCGCUGGCCAAAGUCUCUGAUUUACAGCUUGGACAAGAAGUGUCGGAACUUCAUUUGGACGGGUAAUGUGGAUAAAAAGCCUUCUUGUCCGGUCAGCUGGUCCCGAGUCUGCGCUCCGCGUGCAGAUGGUGGCUUAGGGAUCAGAUCGUUCACUGCUAUGAACAAAAGUUUCUUAAUGAAGAUGGCUUGGAGAAUUAUUCAGGGUAAGAAGUUUGCUCCUGCGAUUCUUUGCACGCGGUAUUUGACUACUUUUAGAUAUGCUAAAAUUUAUUUGGCUUCCUCUCCCGUCUGGACUGGUAUUCGGGGCCUUGUGAAUAAUCUGGUUGAUGAUUCUUACUCUUAUGUGGGCACUGGUGAGCAUACUUAUUUCUGGCGUGAUGACUGGUUGGGUUAUAAGUUGAUGGAGCGGCUUCAUAUUCCGAGCUUUAUGAUAGAUUUCCUCGAUCAAGCGGUGAGUGAUUACUUUUAUGAGGGAAUUUGGCACUUCACUGCGGAUUUUAUUAUCAAUUACCCGGACAUUGUGGUGGAUAUUUUGCUUCUUCCGAUUGGGGAUGAGAAGGAUGCUCGUUUCUGGAAACCCUCGGUUUGUGGGAAUGUGACUGCUUCUCUUGCUUAUGAGUCUCAAAAUCGUAUUUUCCCGAAGGUGGUGUGGGGAAAAUGGAUUUGGGAAAAGUUUAUUCCAGAACAUCGCUCUUUGACCUGUUGGCGUAUUAUUCACAAAAAGUUGCCCACGCUGGACAAUCUCAUGAGACGCGGCAUUCUUGGCCCAAACCGUUGCAUCUUGUGCGGUUUAGAUAUGGAGACCAUUGAUCACUUGUUUUGGAGCUGUAAUGCUCUACGCUCGGUCUGGUCCGUUUUCUUGGCCUGGUUUGGCAAAGAGGAGCUCUCUCUCUGCUUGGAUAUUCAUAGUGUCCUGGUUGCUGCCUGGAAUGGCGAUUUCAGCCCCCAAGUUCGUUCAUUCUGGAAAGCGGGGCUUAUUAAUCUGUUGUGGAAAGUCUGGGAUUGCCGUAAUCAAAUGACUUUCAAUGAUGCUUCCUUCCAUCCUAAAACUAUUGUUAGUUUUUUGCAAGUGAUGUUUAAAGAGUUGGAUGCUAACUUUCCUAAGCUGGGCUGCUCUAACAACUCUUGGGCUGAUUAUAUCGUGCUUCGCAGAAUUGGGGUUUCUACGAGGGCGGCGCCGCCUCCCACUAUGAUUGAAGUUCAUUGGUGGCCGCCGGCAGGACAGUGGAUGAAAGUUAACACGGACGGUUCAGCUUUGGGAGCUCCGGGAAGCAUUGCUGCUGGUGGCGUUUUCUGGGAUAACUGGGGUUGGGACGUUCCGUGGCGCUUCAAGGCUGCGUGGAAUCGCACGCUUCUUCUCCUCCUUGAUUGUCGUUUGCAGAUAUCUCAUAUCUAUCGUGAAGGGAAUACCGCGGCGGAUGCUAUGGCGAAUCAUGAUAGAGAGGAGGGAUGGUGGCCAUAUGCUAUUGACGCCAUCAAGAAAGACGUGGCUUUAGAUAUGUCGACGCAUAGUCGAGUUCGGAUAAAAUCUUGA